AGCCUCACUCCGGGCUGCCGGCUGCGUGUCCUGAAAGGAGAUUGCGCUGAAAGUGCGAAACCCCGUUCCUGUUGGCGUAAUGCUUGUUAAUGGGAAAGGCAGAACAAAAUUUCCGUUUAUCGGGGGAUUUCUUGCGUUUUGGUAAGAAAGCUGGUGGCAGCUUUCCUUACGAGGAAUCACCGUGCCCUUGGGUGGGUAUUUUUCUGAAGCCUAGGCAUUUUAUUUUCAUUCAUGUUCCUUUUCCUCAAAUAAGGCAUGUUAAUUUUAUGACUUCUUCAGGUGACAUUUACUGUAUUGCAUAGUGCAUCAGAUUAACUAGACUAUUAAAAGCCAUCCUGAGAAUUUGCCUGACUUCCAUUGUUCCCCAUCUUGCUGCUGACUGCAUUUUAUCCUGUUGUUUUCCUCUCACAGGAGACAUUGGAUUUAACCUGUAGAAAAUCCCCAUGCUUUGUGAAAUUCUCAGAGGUGGAAAGAAUGGCAAACAUGCGAGCUGAGAUCACUGAGAAGAAACUGAAAGCUGAAAUUCUGCAGUUGGAGAAGGAGGUAGCAGAUAUUGUUCACCCUUUUUACUUAGGCAAAAAAUGCGAGAUUUUGCAAGAUAUGAACAGACACUUGGAAGCUGUACUGAAAGAGAAGAAGGCUCUUAGAAAGAGGUUGGUAAUGAGCAGAUGUCAGGAGACUCUGCCUAUUGACGCUGCUUUCCACAGGUAUAUAGUAGAGUUGUUGAAUGAGGCUGUGACUUUCAUUGAGAAACUUGAAAGCCAUUUGCAGACCGUAAGAACCAUGCCUCAGAUACCAAACAUCAUGAAGAAUAUGGACACUGCUUUGACAAAAACAGAGUUGCUCGUGAUGGACUUGGAGGAGCUGGCAGACCAAAUACUGAAAUGGGGAGAAUGGCAAAAAGAAGUGUAUUCUGACAGCAUCUGCAAUACUGCUGGAUUUGAUUUUGGCUUAUCUUUAACCUAACAAAUCGUUUUCCUCAAAUAGGAUGACUAUUCAAAGAACGACCUUUUUACAGUCUUUUGUGAAAACUACAGCAUAGUUGUGCUUUAAUCCAACAGGGACUUUGUAGGUAGUUAUGUUUCUGUUCUUAUGUAACAGUUCUCCAACUAUUAAAAAAACCAAAAGGACAAUAAGUAGCUCAUAGGAAGAUGGACUACUGAGAAGACUGUUAAGGAGUUACUUUUUGAAAUGGUUGGACAAGAUUCCCUUGGAGCCUUUAUCUUCAAUGCAAAUUUGUUUUGAUUUUUUUUUUGUGCACUUACUAUAGUGUCUACUAAUUUUUCUAAGCAUCUUGAGAAUACAGUGUAUUUUGUAUGUUGUUAUAAAACCUCAAUAAAAGAGUUCAAUUUCAAGA